AUGUGUCAAAAGAUACUGUUCACCCACAUCUGUGACCACGAAGAUCAAACCCUUCCCAUGCUCUGUCCUCUCGCUAUAGAGCAGCUCUCAAGCAUGUUCAUCAAAUCACUUACGCAUAAAACCUACCAAGAAGCCAACGAGUCCCUCAAAACUCACCUCGAGUCACUUUCCCACCCUAUCGAAACAACAUGGAUCCAUCUCUCCCACCUGUGUUCUACAUGUUUGGGGAAUGACCAGAGCCCUUCGGAUUGUGUCUAUCCCUGCCGGGCCAGAGAGGUUGAGCCAGACAGUGGCGAACAACUACAAUCCAUCCAACCCAACACUUCCUCGGCCUCGCAGCCAAAAAAGCACGCGGCAUCGCCGAGUACCCAUGACUACAGAAUGCUUUUACCAAGAAAGCGCGGCUUCCACCAACCACAAGCCAGUCCUUCCUCAGAAUUGCAGCUAGCCAAUCCCGAACCAUUGCCCAGUACCUACGACUCUAGUAUCACAGCCCGAAGAAGCUUCGACUCCCGCCUCGCCGUCAAUCCCUACCGGGCCAGAGAAGAGGACGAGCCAAAAACCCACAGCCAGCCACAAGCCAGCAGCAGCACGUCCACAAGUUUGCAGCCAAGCCAUCUCGUACCACUGCCUAGUACCUACAUCGGCAGCGCCAGCGCCCGAGCAAGCUCUGGCUCCCACCGCGCUACGACUGCCCUCCCAGUAUCCCAUUCCGUCCUCCGAGAAUACAGGGAAGAACUCAUCGGUGGAAGGCUAGAGAUCGUUGCGCACUACCACAACCCCCCUGCAGGGUGGAAUGCUCAACAUGGGUAUGACAGCGGCCCGUUGCCGCCUAGAUAG